GCUUUUCUUUCCAUUUAUAUGCACACAGACUUGUUCUUGUUUCUCAAAUUAAAGCACUAAGAGGAAGAAAAGCAGCGAGAAAUCAUUACAGAGGAAUCCCAGGCAUAUGGCUGGCUUUUGUCGGCUCCCCUCCCCCUCCCUUCCUUCCCUCCUGCCGUCCGCUCCGCAGCAGCAGCAGCAGCAGCAGCAGGACAGAGGUACUUCAGUUUUUGAAGCCGUGGCAUGAAUGAUCUCAUCUGAACCUGAUCUCCGCUUUCCCUGCCGUCGAUCCUAUGACCGAGACGGGAAUAAAAUAACACAAACACGAGAGACACAACAUGUUCCCGAAGGGCACCAAGCGCAAGUUCUCAGACUCCGGGGAGGAGCCGGUCUCCGGUGGUGACCAGGUCCCUGCAGCCUCAUCUGCAGUGGCUCGGACGCUGUCGUCGUCCUACAGCCUACAGCGGCAGUCGCUACUUGACAUGUCGCUGAUCAAGCUGCAGCUCUGCCACAUGCUGGUGGAGCCCAACCUGUGCCGCUCUGUGCUUAUCGCGAACACAGUGCGGCAGAUCCAGGAGGAGAUGACCCAGGAUGGAACCUGGCAGAUAAUGACCCAGGCUCUCGCAGCUGCACAGUGUCCUGCCGACCGCCUGGUGGCCACAGAGGUGCUGUGCCGGCAGACGGACCCAGCAGCUCAGGCCAGUCAGAGCCCAAAGCCGUUCUCGGUAGUUGGUCUGGAGGAAGGCUACCACACUGAAGAGGUGGUGAUGGAGGGAGAUGUGGAGACAGAAGUCACCAUGUCCACUCUGUCGCCAGUUUCCCCGCAGCUGUCAUCUGCGUCUUACCUGGCCGGCCCCUUUGGCAUGGGGCCCUGCUGGGAGGAGGAGGAGGAAGACGGUGACUGUGAGGAGGACGAAGAGGAGGACAGCGAGGAGUGUGUGUCAGAAGGAGAGGAGGGAGAGCAGGACCACCUGAGCCCAGACUCCAGGACAGGGGAGCAGGUUUUUGGGACAUUCGAGAUCAAACACCCAGCGCCGCCCCCUGACCCUGCGCUCGAGGAACUGUUUUCAGACGUGGACCCCUCCUACUAUGACCUUGACACAGUGCUGACAGGCAUGCAGGCCGCCCCAAAAAUGGGGCCUUAUGAUCUGCUGGAGAGCCUUUCCUCUCAUGCGCCAACGGCCUUGAGCUCCAGCACAAGCUGCAGGUCAGACCUGAACGAACUGGACCACAUCAUGGAGAUCAUAGUGGGAUCCUGAAACUCAGAACAUUCCUUUGGCCUGAACAGAUCCCUCAGACUCUUUCCAGACUAUGCACAGUACACAUGUGCAUGUUCUGUAUGUGGUAUUGUUACACACAGAGAUUGUUGGAGGUUUUGGUACAAGGUGGGAAAUUAACAGCAAGCCACAUAGAUUUUUGGGGCUGGCUGAUAGAGGUAGAGUUGGUCUGCUAGCACAGCUGCUCAGGUAAGUCAGCAGCUGUCGUUGGGACCUUCACACUUUACUCAAAGAAAUGUAAUUGGCAGUUUAAAGUUCGAGAACGAAAUUCAGAAUUCAGGCGGUAAGUGAAGUGGUUAGUUUCCUACUUUGUCAAUGAUUUCCCAAAACCUGACAAUAUCUGUGAGAGGGCAAAGAUAAUUACCUAUACCAUGAUGCAUUCUUAUUUACGUACUUUCCAUGUUUACGUCUGUUAUACAUUCUGUCAUCCUAGCUCCUUCUGGACAUUCUCUGCCAUUUUGUCCAUUUCUAUUUAUUAUUACAUGGACCGAGGAACAACUCAUCACACUACACACAUCAGAAACCAGAACAAAUUGUAAAUCCAAAUCUAUGAAUCAAUGCAUAUUUUCCUAAAGAUUUGAGCAAUUAUGAAUGGAAUAUAUGUAUAUGUACGUAUGUGUAUAUAGAAAUAUAUUUUUUGCAUUAUACAGUUGGGGGAUUUUGCAAGUAUCAUUUGAUUUUUUUUUUUUCCCUCCUAAGCGGUUUUUAAGAUUUUAAUGUAGCCAGACUCGAGACAGUGUCUUCCCAUGGUUUGGUAUAAAUAGUUGACUGUAACAGGUGUCAGGGCUGGCAUUGUCACACUUUCUAGGCGCUGUUCUUUCAUUUCUCAAAAGCUUUAUGCAGAGCAGGGAAAUUACUGCCAGUCACAACCAACCACAUGCUGGUUAAGAUUGUCUGUUUCUGCAGAGUUUACAGUAUCCAGAGGACAAAUUCAAGUAAGUUUCCUGCCCUGCUCUUCAUUCAGAUCUAAUAACAAUAACAGCUUUUGGUGAAACCACGGGGUGAUAACUGCAUCAAGAAGCCAUAUUUCUUUCUCUCAUUUGUUAGAUCUACAAAUGAAGAAUUCUGUGUGUUAACCCAAUCUAAUUUAUUGUUGUUUUAUUUAUUGUAUUUAUUAUAUCUAGGUACAGACAUGCCAUAUUGACUUAUCAAAUCGAACACCAGGCCUGAUGAAAUUAUAUUGACCUAAAUUUUGCCCUCCGUUCUGAAUGCAGUACCUAUUUAUUCCUCACAUUUUUUCAUUACUGUUAGUAAUAAUAAUAUCCGGGUUACUAUAAAAAUCACUAUGCAGCUCUGUCAUACGUGUUUCAAAAUGAUUGUAUACGACUCAAAUGUCCUUUAAAUCCUUUAUGCAAACAGUUGCCUUUCUCCUAAAGAUGUGGAAAAUCAAAUGCAUUUUUCAAAAUUGUUCCUUAUCAUGGUGAUGAAGAAAUUAACUCAGGCAAACUAAAUGUAUUGACAAAAAUACAGUAUUACGACACGCUGAAUACCUUACCACAACACUCCUGAAGGAUGUCACUCUGGUCUGAAUGGGAGCUAGAACUUCAAAGACUUAUUACCGUUGUAAAAUGUAUGCAUUUUUUAUAUUAAGGAAAAACAUUGUAGCAUCUUUGUAAAUAUUUUUUAUAAUAAAAGGUGCAACUAUUAA